AUGACAUUGGAAUUAGAUGGUUGGCGAAGACACUUGUUGGAAUUAAAUUUGCAGGCAUGGGAGAAUGAGUUUUCGUUUCCCGUUGCAACCAAGUUGGACUCUUCGUUGAAAAAGAAUACAGCGUUUAUCAAAAAGAUCAAAACAAGCUUGAACCCGGACCAGUUGGAGAAUAUCCUAGCUGAUAUCAAAACGGUUUCGUUGGAAAAGUAUUUAUCGGAAGUGAUUGCUUCCUUGGUGGAUGGAUUGACACGAGUUUCGAGAAACGAUGACAUUGUUGCCUCGGUUGAAAUCGUGUCCGCUUUGCACCGGAGAUUUGGCGCUAGUUUCACCGGCGACAUGAUGAAUCAUGUUCUCUUGCUCACCUUGAACGAAGAAGUCGACGACGACGAAAAGGCAUCCAAUCAAGUUGUUUCUCGGCAAAAGAACCUUUUGAGGCUAGUGGGAGAGUUUUACUUGACGGGAAUUGUACGAACAGGAAGCGACUUGUUGGAGUUUGUUGACGCUAGACUCAUCAAGUUGUAUGCCUUGGACAAGAGACGCAACGAGCCGCUUUGGACUUUGCUUCUCAAGUAUUUACUCAAUUUCAACCUUGACCUGGGCAGAACCCUCGGCAUGGUGCAAUCCUUUUUGAGAAGAUUCCGCCACGUUAUCAUGGGAAGUGACGAUUUAUUGAGCUCGGAAGUCAAGCACGUGUCGAAGCAAAUUUUCAUCAUUUACACGGAAGCCAUCCUCGGUGUAGCGUUAAAUUUGAAAAAAGAAGUACACAAGAUUGAAAAGAGGAACAGAAAAGCGUCGAUUAGGACCGGUAGGAUUCAGGAAAGCGACGAGCUAGACUUUAAAGUUGUUCAAGAGACUUUUGACAACUUCAAGGUUGCGUUAAAGUACUUGUCGCCCAUUGUUGGCGUUGAAGUUCCGGAGACAUUGUACGAUGACGAUUUCGGAGACCAAGAUGAAAACACAGUGGAGGUUGUUAAGCAAAAGCCAGCGGUGGAGGAUGACGCAAAUGGAGUCUGGGAAGAUGCCAAAGAAAAGGCAUUCUACACCGUGAUUCCCCUGUUGGCAGAAUUGAUGGACAAUUAUGAUAAUAAUAAAGAUAAAAAUCAAGAUAAAAAUCAAGAUAAAAAUCAAGAUAGAAAUCAAGAUAGAAAUCAAGAUACAGAUCAAAAUCAAAGUAAAGAUCAAGAAGAGGAUUCUGCUUCGGUGUCUUCUGGAGAAAGAAUUCAAGACUUUUUGGACAGGUUGGAAGAUGUCAGGUCGAAUGACUUGGAGCAACUUGUGGUGGAGUUCAACAACCUCAAUCUCAACAACAAGGCGACAAGAAACAGAAUCAUGAAGUUUUUCAUCGAGACUUCGACAUUAAACAACUUGAAAUAUUACACAAGAUUUCUUAAAAUUGACGAGCUGAAAUUGUCCGACUUGAUUGAGGAUUUAAUCACAUAUUUAGACAAUGGAUUCAGGUCACAGCUCCACCGGAACAAGCUCAAUGUCAAGAAUAUUCUAUUCUUUGUCGAGUUGAUCAAGUUUAAAAUGAUCCCCGUGCACAUCAUUUUCCACAAGAUACGUUCACUUACGGUGAACAUAACCUCAACCAACAAUAUCGAGAUUUUAUCGGUCUUUUAUGAAAAUGUCGGUAGAUUCCUUUUAAACGAGCCCGAAUACAAAGAUUACACUCGAGAAAUGAUUGAGCUUCUCCGAGAAAAACUGAAGCAAUCAAACAUCACCGUUAAUGACAAGUUGGCAAUCAACAAUUUACUCAUCACGGUGGAGCCCCCAGCGGCAAAGAUUCAACGCGAGAUUAAAGUUCUUUCGCCAAAACUGCAAUUUAUACAGACAAUUAUCCGAUCAGAGUUGACCGCCAAGCUGCUUCCUCUUGUUGCUCAACUUUUGAAAAAGGCAAUACAUGACAUUGACAAGGAAGGUUUCCAGACAUUGCUCGAUUGCUUUGCUCGCCCCGACUUACUCAACUACGACAACAUUGGCGCCUUGGCCAAGCUCUUGCAAGUAUUCGCCGAGAAGCAGAGAAGAGUGAUUAUUCUCACAGUCGACACCGUUAUUGAGAACAUAAUCCGUGGUCUUGAAAUGAAUGAUUUCCGAAUGAACAGAGCAAGGAUGUCCCAGGUCAAGUACGUGGCUGAGAUGUAUAACAAUAAGAUUGUGAAUUUCAAGCUUGUCAAUGACAUUUUAUAUCGUAUUCUAUGCUUUGGCCACCCGCAAAAUCAACCUUUACCAGAUAAUUGGGAAGUGGAUAUUGAUUACCCUAAUAACUACUUUAGGAUCCAGUUGUGUUGCUUGUUGCUACUUUCCUUGGAGUCUAUCUAUAUCGCCACCGACGUGUCUAAAAAGAAAUCUCCAAACAGAGCCAACGAGGUUAAAAAGAGGAACGAGAUGAAUAGAAAUCUCCUUGGAGUAUUUGUCACGUUCUUGCAAUACUACAUCUACUGCAAAGAGCAUCCUUUCCCAGUUGAAGUCAAGUUCAAGUUGGACGAUAUGUUUGCCAAGUACAAAAGUGUGCCAACUGUAGUCCGCUACCAGUCUGUACAAGAUAUAAUGAAGAGGCUAGCUGAGCUGAUUCAGACUAAAGAGGACGCGGAGUCCUUUUUGGACAACGAUGCAGAGAAUGGAGAAGAGGCCUUUGACGACAUGUCCUCGACGGGAAGCAGCUCAGGAGAAGAAGACGACGACGAAGAUCUUGAUGAUGAGGAGGAGGAGGAUGAAGAAGAUGAUGAGGAGGAUCUGGAGGAUCUGGAGGAAGGUGAAGAUGACAACGACGACGACGAUGCGGAGGAUGAGGAGGCGGCGGAGGAGGGCCUGGACGAAGAAGACGACGAUGCCGACGAUAGUGAAAGUGAAGACACUGAAGAACGUGCCUCCGCGGAAGUCCUCUCGGAAGCGGAGAGGCUCAGGCUCGAGGCAGAUCGCAAAUUCCAGAGCGAUUUGGACAGGGAAUUCCAGCGAAUCAUGAUUGAGUCGUAUGGAAGCACAGUUCAAAACAGCCAGGAUCUAAGGUUCAAACAGCGGCUACCAGCGCCAGGACAAUUUUACAAAGACGAUGGCCGGCUCAACUCCAUUUCCGCCAAUGGUAGCAAAGUCUCGUUUGGGUUGUUGACCAAAAAUGGCAAGGGCAACAAUGUAAGACAAUUGAAUUUGCCCACCGAUAAUAGAUUUGCGGAAUCGGUGUUGAGAGAGCAAGAGAAUAGGAGAAAAGAUCGAGAAAGAAUCAUAAACUUGGCUUCACAGAUGGAAAGCUAA